GUCCCAGCGCCGCAGCGGGCGCGCUUCCCGUUCCGGGGCGGGCAGCGGCACUUCCGGCGGGUGACCCUGGCGAGUCCUUCUGUGGGGCGGGAGCGGAGCCAUGGGGCUGCGGGACACCGUCGUUCACGCCGGCGAGCCUGAGGAGGAGGAGGAAGAGCUGGUGGAUCCUUUAACCACCAUCCGUGAGCACUGCGAGCAGUCGGAGAAAUGCGCGAAGGCACGGGAGCGGCUGGAGCUGUGCGACGCCCGGGUGUCCUCCAGGUCCCAGACAGAAGAGCAGUGCACAGAGGAGCUUUUUGACUUCCUGCACGCCAGGGACCACUGUGUUGCUCACAAGCUCUUUAAGAGCCUGAAGUGAAGGCGGGCACGGUUGUCCAUCUGCUUCCACAGCCAGUGGCGGCGGUUCCUGGAUCCAUGGUCCUGUUCAUUCUCCAUGACAAACGAAACGGCUUGCCGGCAGCGACCGAGCCUCAGCGUGUCACUGCCUCUCUCCUCACAGGAGAUGCUCAGCAGCGCAGAAACCAUGUUGAUGUUCUGUAAUUUUCCAUAUUAAACGUUCAAAGUUCCCAUGGAAA